AUGGCGCCCUCUUCAUAUGCGGUAUCGCCACUCAUGCCGCGAUCACCCUCAAAUCUAAAUGCAAAUCUGUCACCAUCGAGAGCCAAAUCACUCGCAAUGCGGAAGUCAAUAUCCAAGUCACAGCCAGCGGCGGCUCUCUCUCCCAGAAAGGCAGCGGCUGAUUUCGAUAUGGCCGAGCAAAUGAAUGAAGACAUUAGCAGCAAAUAUGUCAAAGGCAAGAAAUUGGGUGAAGGUACCUAUGCUAUUGUCUAUAAGGGACAUCUGAGGUCAGAUCCCAAUGUCCUCGUCGCCAUCAAGAAAUUUAAGGUCGACCCAUCGCAACAAAAGGAAGGCCUCAACGUCGACACCAUACGAGAAAUCAAGUAUCUUCAGGAAAUCUCACACCCUAGCAUCGUCGCCCUGCUAGAUGUCUUCUCGUCUAAGGACCAAAAUAUUAACAUGGUCAUUGAGUACUUUUCUAACGGUAACCUUGAGGAGCUUAUUAGAGAUAAGUCCGUCAGUUAUGGUGCUGCCGAUGUAAAAGCGUGGAUGGGAAUGCUGUGCCGAGCGAUUUACUAUUGUCAUUCCAACUUCAUCCUGCACCGGGAUAUCAAACCUAACAAUCUACUCAUUGCCGCCGACGGUGAAGUCAAGCUCGCUGAUUUUGGUCUUGCUCGGUCAUUUGGCGAACCACGAUAUCAGAUGACUUCUGCCGUCAUCACAUUAUGGUACCGGCCACCAGAACUUCUUUUUGGAGCACGGCAAUAUGGUGGCGCUGUCGAUGUCUGGAGCGUGGGAAUGGUAUUCGCGGAGCUGCUCAUCCGCCGCCCCUAUGCUGCUGCAGACGUUGCAGAUCAACAAGUGUUAGCAAGUGGUGGUGGCACAAUUGCUCAACUCGACAAAAUCUGUGAAGCAGUAGGCACACCGAAUGAGGACAAUUGGCCUGGUGUCUCGAAGCUCAGAGACUAUUUUGAUCUAGAGAGAAAAGUCCCGGUGAGAGACAAGGCAUUCUACAUGCAAAUGUUCCCAACAGCGGGGUCAGUCGGUGUCGACCUGCUCAUGGCAAUGCUUAAAUUGGAUCCGAGAAAGCGAGUGACUGCCAGGGGUGCUUUGGAGCAUGAGUGGUGGAGUGUGGACCCAAGACCGACGGAUAAAGAAAAUCUUCCUAGGCAAGGCGGCGGCGCAUCGAAGAUGGCCGCUGCUGAGACGGCCGCUCCCGGUGCUGUCGUCGAUGAAAGCAAAUUCAAAGGCGUUGCGAAAAAACUUGACUUUGGCGCUGCGCGCUGA